UUCCAGAAUAGAGAAAAAGUACUGAAGAAAAAGAACCUGCAAAAGACCCCAAACACUUCUCCUUUUAGAAGUGUUUAUAUACAUGUAUAAUUACAUACAUACAUACAAAUAUAUAUCCAUACAUAUGAAACCCUACCAAAGAGAAAGAAUUCCAAGACUUAAAGACCAAUGAUUCAUGUCACAUGUCACACGCCUUAACAUCGGUGUUAUUUGACAUACAUAUAUGUCAUAUGUCCUCAAAAAAUGAUUUAGAUUCAGACAAUUGAUGUAUAUUAAGAUAUUUGUAUAAAUAUGGGGGUUAUAUUGUAAUCAUAGUCAACUGAAAACGUAAUGUGUAAUUUAACAUGAUUAUAGUUUCGGUCAUUAUUUGACACAGCACAAAUUGCUCAUACUGCGGUCUCACAUUAUUUCUGGCUCUCAAUGACAUAGGAGGAGGAUCCCCGUUGUGAAAUAUUCGAGGAACCCCAACAACCCCCCACCCCCCUUCUCCAUUCCCGGCAUUACUCCUCGUCAUCAGUCCAAUCGAUUUUGCUAUAAAUUAAGGCAAGAAAUGAGACCGAGUAUAUGCACCUCUCUCCUGGGCUCUUCAGGAACAUCCCACCAAGUAACAGAAAACUGCACCCACGUCCAGUCGAGCCUCGCAGCAUCUUCCGUCCCGAGGGCCCGCUCUCCGCCUCCAAAGACCCAGCAUGACCCCUCGCUCCCUGCUGCUGUGCGCCCUGGUGCUCUCGUCCCUCCUCGGCAGCGCCCGGUGCAGUCCCGUGUGUAACAACCGGUGCUGUCGUUUCGUGGAGGGCUUCCCUGUCAGGCUGAAGAAGCUCAGGCAGGACUAUUCACGGAUCCGAGAUUUCUUUGAGGCAAACGAUGACUUGGACACAACCCUGCUGGACCAGAGCGCGGAGGACUCCUUUAAAAGCCCGUUCGCGUGCCACACCGUGGACAGCAUCCUGGACUUCUAUCUGACCUGGGUCCUACCGACAGCCAUAGCCGGAGUGACCGAGGACACCCAGGACUUACAGCCGCACAUGGAGUCCAUUCAGCAAAUCUUCGACGGGCUCAAGAGAGAUGUCUUCACCUGCAGAAAGUACUUCUCCUGCGUCAAACCGUUUGACAUCAACCAUUUAAACUCUACUUACAACCAAAUGGAGAGUAAAGGUCCGUACAAGGCCAUGGGGGAGAUCGAUCUGCUGCUUAACUACAUUGAGACUUAUCUGGCCUCUCAGAGGCACAGAAACCCAGUGGCCACUGUUUGACGACCGGCUGACCUUCAUCGAAAUAUCACCCUCAUCUUCGCAAGCAAACAGAAUACUCUUUGUCAUUCAAUCCAUUGUUUUCACCAUAGUUUUGUCAGAUGAUAUUGCUGCCUGCUGAACUUAAUGUCUUUGUUAUUCUGAGACUCUCGUUUUUGUCCUGAGGACAAGUUUCUGUUUUAAGACCAUAUUGAGUCCCACACAUGCAGUUAGAAUCCAAACUGUGUUGCUUGAGCUGUGAUAUUUAUUUGUAUUGUGUAUAUGUAUUUUUGUAUUUAUGACUAAUGUCUUGAUGCCAAUGAAUAAAGGACUAUUUGAGAAGAGGAUACUGUUAAGCAUGCCGUUUAUUAGAAAUGGGUAGCACUAAACAUCACACCCUGCAGUUUUGCACACUAUAUCUGGGGAACGACUUGAGUGUAAACUCAAAAAGAGGAUUCACUAACCUCAAACGUGACCCAUAUACAUCACUUACCAGCAGCAGCACUGCUGCAUCUUGACUUACCGAAACUGUAACUAGCCAGUCUCACCAUCGCGGCACGCAAACGCAAACAUGCACGCACACGCACACACGUGCAAAAGCCAUCAUAGCCAUUAGUCAGAUACAUUGUAAGACAGAAUAUAUAGCAGACAGGGGGAAAUAGCAGCCCUGCAUGUACUUAUUUAUUGUCUUUUUUAACGGUUUUUUAGGAGGGUGUAAUACAUAGAUAGUAUCUUUUAGCCACAAAAACAUCCUUUAAAAACAUUUGAAUGUGCGUACUUUACUCAUUACGCAUUACUCAGACUACAAAACAAAGAUUCCUUACCUGACUAAGGCCUCUGCAUUGAAACUACUAUAAUG